AUGUUAAAGUAUGGAAGCUUAGAAGCUCAUAAGUGGUCUUCAAAUCAAGCCAGUGUUCUGUCAGAUAUACCAAUUGAAAAACAACAUUUUGAUAGUUUAGAUUUUGAACAAGAUUGUAAUUUUAAUAUGAAAACUUUAGGUUUGCAAAUGAACUUGAAACAAGAUUCUUUCACUAUUUCAAGUCCUGAUAAUUCGUCAUCAGGAAAUAUCACAAAAAGCACAGUCUUAAGUUGUAUCGCGCGGUUCUAUGAUCCCCUAGGUUUUGCUAGUCCGAUUAUAAUUAAGGCUAAGGCUAUUAUGCAAAGAUUAUGGGAAGACAAGUUAGAUUGGAAUGCUCCUGCACCCAAAGAAAUUGUUCAUGACUGGCUACAAUUUUCUAACAACUUAGCUAGCAUGCAACCUAUUCAUUUAGAUAGAAAUAUACCAAUACCAGAGACAGCUGUUGCAGUACAACUCAUUGGGUUCGCCGAUGCGUCCUCCACUACUGGCUACGGGUGCUGUCUAUACUUACGUGUGGUGGACACAACAGGUAAUGCAAAACUUUUCUUACUCUGCUCCAAGUCACGAAUAAACCCACGCGCAAAGCCACUCACCGUCCCCAGGCUCGAACUGCAUGCAGCACUGUUGUUGGCGAAGCUUGUUUCUAAGGUAUAUGAUACACUUCAUAUAAAAAUAAAAAUUGACAAUGUUUAUCUGCACAGUGAUUCGAAAAUCGUGCUCGCUUGGAUCGAGACAGAUUUAACAAGGCUUCAGGCUUAUAUUUCAAACAGAGUGAGAGCAAUUAAGGAGUUAACAGGUAACUGGAAAUGGCUGUACGUACAGUCACGAGACAAUCCCGCUGACCUCAUCAGUCGUGGUGUGGAUCCGCAAGUACUUCCCGGCUGCGCCCUCUGGUGGAAUGGUCCGACCUUCCUGCAAGAAAGGGAGUAUCAAUUUGAAAACAAUAAUGUAUACUUACCUUUAGAAAACUUACCUGAAGUGAAGACUGCUCCUUCCUCUGCGUCCCCCGCUGAUGUAGUCCUUCUCACUGUAAAAGAAAAUGAGUUCCUGCGAUCCUUUAUUAACAGGUACUCAGAUAUUAAUAAAAUGACACGUAUCAUGGCGUACAUUCUUAGAUAUCGUGAUAAUCUCCGAUUAAAGGUAAAAGAUAAAAAUAUUACAUUUGAAAAAAGACAUCUUUCUACACAAGAAUUACAAAGGGCAUUAAUUGAGAUUAUCAAAUACGAUCAGAGUAUUCAUUUUCAUAAUGAGAUUAAUUCAUUACAACUGCAAAAAGAGAAUGAAAGUGCAGUAUAA